AAAGAUACCCAUUUUCUCUGGCAUUGUUUCAUCCUGUCUCAUGACUUGUGACAGAUUGUUUUCAUUUCCCCAUGCUUUACCUUUUACACAGUCAUUCUUUUGUGUACCCGCCCUUUCUUUUCCUAUACCUCCCAGCUUUGAUCGGAGAAGGCAGCUCCUAAAACUGACAACCACAGGGUUAAACCUAGUUGCUGUCACCACCCCUCCUCCUCCUCCAGUCCCCCUUUUCGCUGUAAGCUGCCAACUCUCCUAACUGCCUACUGAAGCCAAAUGCUUGAGGAGAAAGAGAGUAAGGAGCCAGCCAUGAAUCCUUUCCAGAAAAAUGAGUCCAAGGAAACUCUUUUUUCACCUGUUUCCACUGAAGAGGUACCGCCUAAACCUUCCAGCCCUCCAAAGCAGUCACCUCCGAAAAUCUGUGGCUCCAGCUAUCCAGUGAGCAUUGCCUUCAUUGUGGUGAAUGAAUUCUGUGAACGCUUUUCCUAUUAUGGCAUGAAAGCUGUGCUGACCCUGUAUUUCCUGUAUUUCCUGCAUUGGAGUGAAGACACCUCCACAUCUGUAUACCAUGCAUUCAGCAGCCUCUGUUAUUUCACUCCCAUCCUGGGAGCAGCUAUUGCUGACUCGUGGUUGGGAAAAUUCAAGACAAUCAUCUACCUCUCCCUGGUGUACGUGCUUGGCCACGUGUUAAAGUCCUUGGGUGCGAUUCCAAUACUGGGUGGAAAAGUGGCACACACAAUCUUGUCAUUGAUUGGCUUGAGUCUAAUAGCUCUGGGAACAGGAGGUAUCAAACCCUGUGUGGCAGCUUUCGGUGGAGACCAGUUUGAAGAAAAACAUGCAGAGGAACGAACUAGAUACUUCUCAGUCUUCUACCUCUCCAUCAAUGCUGGAAGCUUGAUUUCUACAUUUAUCACACCCAUGCUGAGAGGAGAUGUGCAGUGUUUUGGGGAAGAUUGCUAUGCAUUGGCUUUUGGAGUUCCAGGAUUGCUCAUGGUAAUAGCACUUGUUGUGUUUGUGAUGGGAAGCAAAAUGUACAAGAAGCCACCUCCUGAAGGAAACAUAGUGACUCAAGUUAUCAAAUGUAUCUGGUUUGCCAUUUCCAACCGCUUCAAGAACCGUUCUAGGAACAUUCCAAAGCGCCAGCACUGGCUGGACUGGGCAACUGAGAAAUACCCAAAGCAGCUCAUUUUGGAUGUGAAGGCACUUACCAGGAUACUGUUCCUGUAUAUUCCACUGCCCAUGUUCUGGGCUCUUUUGGAUCAGCAGGGCUCACGUUGGACCUUGCAAGCCACUAAGAUGAAUGGGAAUUUGGGUUUUUUUGUGCUUCAGCCGGACCAGAUGCAGGUGCUAAAUCCUUUUCUGGUUCUUAUCUUCAUACCAUUGUUUGACCUUGUCAUUUAUCGGCUGAUCGCCAAAUGUGGAAUCAACUUCUCAUCACUUAGGAAAAUGGCUGUUGGUAUGAUCCUAGCAUGCCUGGCAUUUGCAGUUGCAGCCAUUGUGGAGAUAAAAAUAAAUGGAAUGGCCCCACCUCAGCCAGGAUCCCAUGAAAUUUUCCUAAAAGUCUUAAACUUGGCAGAUGAUGAGGUGGAAGUGACAGUGCUGGGAAGUGAAAAUAACUUUCUGUUGGCAGAGUCCAUCAAAUCCUUUCAGAAACCAACACACUAUUUCAAACUGCACCUGCACUCAAAAAGCCAGGAUUUUCACUUCCAUCUGAAGUACCACAAUUUGUCUGUCCACACUGAAUAUUCUGUAGUGGAGAAUAACUGGUACACUGUGAUCCUUCAUGCAGAUGGGAAAAAUAUCUCCAGCAUGAUGGUAAAGGAUGCAGAAAACAAAACAAACAAUGGAAUGACAGCUGUCAGAUUUAUUAAUACUUUGCACAAAGAUGUGAACAUCUCCCUGGGUACAGAUGGCCCCUUCACUGUUCAUAAAAACUACGGUGUGUCUGCUUACAGAACUGUCCCAAGAGGAGAAUAUCCUGCAGUACCUUGUAAAACAGAAGAUAAAGACUUUUCUCUGAAUCUGGGUCUACUAGACUUUGGUGCAUCCUAUGUGCUUGUUAUUACUAAUAUCACCAACAAAGGUCUUCAGGCCUGGAAGACAGAGGACACACUAGCCAAUCGAAUGUCCAUUGCAUGGCAACUACCACAGUAUGCCCUAGUUACAGCUGCAGAGGUCAUGUUCUCUGUUACAGGACUUGAGUUUUCUUAUUCUCAGGCUCCAUCUAGCAUGAAAUCUGUGCUCCAGGCGGCCUGGUUGUUGACAGUUGCAUUUGGGAAUAUCAUUGUGCUUGUUGUUGCACAGUUCAGUGGCCUGGUACAGUGGGCUGAAUUCAUUUUGUUUUCCCUUCUUUUGCUGGUCGUUUGCCUGAUCUUCUCCAUCAUGAGCUACUACUAUGUUCCUGUAAAGUCAAAGGAGAUUCAUGGGUCAGAAGAUAAGCAGAAUCUUCACAUGCAAGGAAACAUGGUCAACCUAGAGACCAAGAAUACAAAGCUCUGAUGAUCCCCUGGGCUGAUCCUAAUUACUGGCCAAGGUCUUGGCCAUUACUCAUCUGCAAGCAUUUGUCUCUCCUAAUGGGUUAGUAGAGAAAGGUAGCAUCUUAUCUGAGUUGAUCUCCUCCACCUUUCUCAUAUGAGAGAGGUAACUUGAGGACUGGGGUUUCUAGACAUCUUUAAUCAAGACAUCUACACUCUAUGUCUUCCCAUUUAUUAGCGAACUCAGUAAAUCCCAUGUAGUGUAGUUCAAGCUGGCCUGGUGUCUCAAAUGGCCACAAAUAUACAAAUGUAUAGUUAAGAUAAAUCUUUGUGGGUAUACAGAGUUAUGCGUGAUUCCUUCACAGGUCCCUGCCAUUUGAGGGUGCUGGUUUAGGGGCAAAAAUGGAAAAUAGAAACAUGGAUUAUUCCCUUCUGUAGAUAGCUGUACAGACAGUAAAUAUAAUUUUGCAACCUAAUCUUUUCAGCAUUGCUGGGACUGCUUUUCUUAUUAUAUCUUGUCUUGCUUAUUGAAGCAAAUCAUCAGUAACAUUGUUUUGAUAAGUGCAACUUUCUUUAUUAAUUUUUCCAUUUAGCUGCAAAGUAAUAGCUUUGUUUUGAAGUCUUUCCUGGUUUAUUUUUCUCAUAAUUUUGAAAUACUAUUUCUUCUUUUAGUCUUGGAAAUUUUCUAUCUAUUCAAAAAGGCCUAAUAUUAAUGCUCUAGGUUUGAAGUUCUAGUGGUGAUACUCGAUAAAAGGGCAUGGUUUUGCAUGAAGAUCUUAUAAAAAUCUGUAUGUGGUGGGAGUAGAGCAUGCUUGUGUGUGUAUGUAUGAAAAAGUUGAGAAGCUUACCUUGCCCACAGUGAAUGAAUCAGGGCACAGACCUGGGGAAUAUUAUGACUGUGAACUCUGUCACCAGAGGGAAAAGUUCAGAAUCUCUGUACUAGAAAGCUUUGUUUCCAUGCUUUUUAUUCCAGUUUCAUCUAAAACAGUAUUGAUCUCACAAUGUUCAUAAUAUAAUGGGUAAGCAAAUUUGAUUCUUAGUUCCUGUCAUAGUUCCUUACAAGGCACAGGUCUUUCCUUUCACCAUACUGGUUCCCCUCUUCUAAGUAACUAUUCUUAACUAAAAUGCAUCAAUUAAGAUUAAGGUGUCUUAAUAUGUGAUACCUGGGGCCAAAUGCAACAUUCUAGAAGUUAUGUGACUAGAAGAGCUUGCAUCUGCCAUUCUCUAGUUCCCCACGCUCUACAUCAUUCCAUUUUAAUGACCAAGAUUUCAGAAGAACAGAAGUACCAGCAGCACAAUCCAGUUUUCCCAGAUAACUUGAUAUAGACCUAUCCCUACUUAUUUAGAAUACAGCCUGUUCAUUUUUAACCAUCUUAACCCACACUCUUUUAUAAAUUUUAUUUCAAGAGAUGUUAACACUGUUCUGUGAAUAAAAGUGUCAAUGGACAAAUAAGUUUGAGAAAUGAGGCAUAUUAUCAUCUUCACAAUGUUUGCAUAUUAAUGACUCUGAGAUAGCCUGCAUUAAAAGUACUUUGUUUUUGCUUGUUUCAAAUAUCCUUGUUCUAUCACUUGUUGAGAAAGAACUAUUAAAAUAUCUACCACUGAGA